CGGCGACCCGUGCGGACGCCUCCGCCCCUCAGGCGUCCGACUCCCGCCUCCGGUUUCGUCUUCCAGCCGCCGUGCCGUUGCUGCUUCCCGCGGCCUGGGCCUCCGCAGUCAGCAUGCCGCACGCCUUCAAGCCCGGGGACUUGGUGUUCGCCAAGAUGAAGGGCUACCCGCACUGGCCGGCCCGGAUCGAUGACAUCGCUGACGGUGCUGUGAAGCCCCCACCCAACAAGUACCCCAUCUUUUUCUUUGGAACACACGAAACGGCCUUCCUGGGACCCAAGGACCUAUUCCCCUAUGACAAGUGCAAGGACAAGUACGGGAAGCCCAACAAGAGGAAAGGUUUUAAUGAGGGACUCUGGGAGAUCCAGAACAACCCCCACGCCAGCUACAGCGCACCACCGCCCAUGAGCUCCUCUGACAGUGAAGCCCCCGAAGCUGAUCUGGGUGGUGGCAGCGACGGCGACAAGGAUGAAGAGGCCCGGGGAGUCAUGACCGUGACAGCUGUGACCACCACAGCCACCAGUGACAGGAUGGAGAGCGACUCUGGCUCUGAGAAGAGCAGUGACCACAGUGGCCUGAAGCGGAAGACACCAAUCCUGAAGAUGUCAGUCUCUAAACGAGCUCGGAAAGCCUCCAGUGACCUGGAUCAGGCCAGCGUGUCCCCAUCGGAAGAGGAUUCUGAGAGCCCAUCUGAGUCAGAGAAGACCAGCGACCAGGACUUUACCCCAGAGAAGAAGACAGUGGCCCGGGCACCACGGCGGGGUCCUCCAGGAGGACGCAAGAAGAAAUUCCCCUCUGGCUCUGCCUGUCCCCAGAAGGUGCCUUCAGCCUCAGAUUCAGACUCCAAAGCCGACUCAGAUGGGACCAAGGAGGAGCCUGUGGCUGCAGCACGGCCAUCCCCAUCCUCCUCCUCGUCCUCUUCAUCUUCCUCCUCCGACUCAGAUGUAUCUGUCAAAAAACCCUCUCGAGGCAGAAAGCCAGCCGAGAAGCCACCCCCCAAGCCUCGAGGACGGAGACCAAAGCCAGAACGGCCACCUUCCACGUCCAGCAGUGACAGUGACAGUGACAGUGGUGAGGUGGACCGCAUCAGCGAGUGGAAGCGGCGAGAUGAGGAACGGAGGCGCGAACUGGAGGCAAGGAGGCGACGGGAGCAGGAGGAGGAACUCCGGCGACUUCGCGAACAGGAAAGGGAGGAAAAGGAGCGUCGCAAGGAGCGGGCAGAGCAUGGGGGCAGCAGUGGGGAAGAGCUGGAGGAUGAUGAGCCUAUGAAGAAACGCAGCCGCAAGGCCCGGGGCCGGGCCACACCAUCCUCCUCUGACUCAGAACCCGAGGGGGAGAUUGGGAAAGAGGGGAAGAAGUUGGCCAAGAAGUCCCAACUGCCAAGCUCAGAAUCUGCAAGGAAGUCUGGGCAGAAGGAGAAGAGAGGGCGGCCAGAUGAGAAGCCACGAGCCAGGCCUGUGAAGGUGGAGCGGACGCGGAAGCGCUCAGAGGGCCUCUCACUGGACAGGAAGGGGGAGAAGAAGAAAGAACCUUCCGUAGAGGAGAGACUGCAGAAGCUGCACAGCGAGAUCAAAUUUGCACUGAAGGUCGACAACCCAGAUGUGAGGAGGUGCCUGAGUGCACUGGAAGAGCUGGGGACCCUGCAGGUGACCUCUCAGAUCCUUCAGAAGAACACAGAUGUAGUAGCCACACUGAAGAAGAUUCGCCGGUACAAAGCCAACAAGGAUGUGAUGGCGAAGGCAGCAGAGGUCUACACCCGGCUCAAGUCUCGGGUCCUGGGGCCAAAGGUUGAGGCUCUCCAGAAGGUGAACAAGGCUGGAGCCGAGAAGGAACGGGCUGACGGCGAGAAGGUGGAGGAGCAGCCUGGGGAGCAGGCUCCCAGAGAGCUGGUGGAGGAUGAGCCCAAUGCUGAUCUCUCAGUGCCUGUGAACGGGGAGGCCACAUCCCAGAAAGGGGAAAGCACAGAAGACAGAGCACAGGAAGACGGGCAGGACUCAGAGGAUGGCCCUCGGGGUGGCUCCUCAGAAGAGCUGCAUGACAGCCCACGGGAGAGCUCUGACCCCGUCAGGCCUGGGAGUGAGCAUCAGGAGCAUGAGAGGGUGCAGCUGGCCUCCGAGUCUGCCGAUGAUGAUGAUGACAGCUGAGCUCCAGCUGCUGUGGCCAUGGUGUCAUGUCCGUCCCCAGCCUCCCAGGGAAGUGCUGCGCUGUUUGUAUUUGUGGCCUGGGCCUUUCUGCCUAGUUCUGUGAUUUCGACUGACAUGAAAUGGUUAUAAAGGGUUUUGUAAUGAAAAAGAAACAGUUUUUAUUGGCUUGGUGUCCUGAUAUAAAAUGUAGCUGGGCUAAGGCCAGAGCACUAUGCCUGACACAGGGCUGAGGUACCAGCCACCGUGAGCAGCAUGGGGAGCCAGGCCUGGUACAGGGCAGGGUUCACACUUAGAGGGCAGCAGAGCUCUUCCUACAUUGAGUAGCCUGUUCCACCAUCAUGAGAGUAACAGACACUAAGGACAGGCCAACAGAAGACUGUGCCCUGACUCAACCACCAUUCCAUUCCCCAGCUAUGCAGGGACCCCAGCAUAGUGCCUCUGGGGCAGCUCAGCAUUUGGGCUGGAGUAUUGGAGUCCACACCAUCCCAGCGUGCUCUCGCUAUGUGGUUUUUCUGCUUUGCUUAUGUUCCCUGUGGGCUCAGGUAGGGUACAUGCCUCUCGGUGUAUCCACCUGCCUCCAUGGC